AUGCAGGCUCUAUUAGCAAGUGCGACGCGUCGCGAAGGGCGCGCAUCGAUGUCUUCAAGCGUGGAUCGGACUGCCUCGGCUACGGGCGCAGGUGCUGAGUCGUCAGCGGCUAGCGGCGACACGAACGUUGGGGGAUUCUGGUGGCAGGAACGACGGUUUCCCUUCUUGUUUCCGCCACCACAGAUUCCACUAAGCUUGCCGCCGCCUGUACGUCUUCCACGCAUUCCACUCUUUGAGCGAUGGCGCCUCCGUUGGCACGACAUGUCGCAUCUACGCCGACUUGUGGCUCACGACGACAAGGAUGUUGAGACGUUCCCUGAGCUGGAGUGGGAUGCACAGGUGCGCUGCUCAUCAGAUCUGCACGCGGACGAAAAGAGUGCGAUGCGUAAGCGGCGCCUUCUCAUGUCGUCGGAAGGCACAAAUGCUCUGGCCCAAUUCCUGCAGUUGCCUUCCAGUGAAUAUGUGCACCCCGAUGAUGUACCACUGAUAGCCAUUGGCGGCUCAGGCGGUGGCUAUCGUGCUAUGUUUGGCUAUGCAGGAUUCUUGAAAGAGGCUGAAAAUACUGGUCUCCUCCAGUGCACGAUGUGGUCAUCUGCUGUUAGUGGCUCCUGCUGGACAUUGGCCGUCUACUACACUAUUGCCCAGUGCUCAACAGAUGUCAUGAUUGCGCAUCUGUUAGCGAUGGCGCAUGAAGAAGCCCAUCCCAUGAGUCUGCAUGCCAUGGACCGCGUCGCUCGCUCAUCGCGUGGCAUCUACUAUUUGCUGGGCCCGUUACUUCGCAAAUCGCGGAACAAAACACUGCAUUGCCGAAUUAUGGACUUUUAUGCUACCCUCGUUCUUUCAUACCAGUUCCUGCCUCGCCCCCUCUCGCUUUUCGGCACGGAUUACUCGUACAACGGCCCUGACUCACGACGUGAGCCAAGUCUGCAGGAACAAGCGAUGUGGGCCAAGUACGAGCCCAGCGAAGGUUUGAGCCGCAAGUCAUUCCAGUGGUCGAAGGUAUGGACACGAGCGAAACUCAACGAAGGGCUUCAACCGAUCCCGAUUCUCACAGGUGUUCGACGUGUGUGGCGGCCAUAUAGCAAGGCGGAAGUGACUGUGGCCGAUAAUGUGCCCGGACAUGAGAAAACGCCACUUGUCGGCAGUGGCUACGAUUGGUAUGAGAUUUCGCCUUUAGAGCUCGGGUGCCGGAAUAUCGGUGCAUGGAUUCCUACCUGGGCUUAUGGCCGAGCGUUUGAAAAUGGCCAGUCGAAGCAUCGCGGCCCGGAAGAAAUGCUGGCCUCUAUCGUUGGCCAGUGCACAGGAGCGCCGGCCGGUCCUCUCACUGCUUACAUAUCGACAUUGCUAGCCUCUAUACCUCAGGGCACCGUCAUGUCGACGCUCCUCAAAUGGGUGAAUAAUUUUGUCAUGAUGAAGCAAUGGGAAAAGCGUUGGGGGAAUCCUAUCCGUGCUGCAGAUGAGCCAAAUCCAUUUUACGGGCGAGGCCAGGACGAUGUCAUUGUUGAUAUGGGCCCGACCCUAGAGAAAGUCGAGCCACCCGCGUCGGCUGUUACACAUUCGCCCCGAGCUUUAUCUCCAGGACCGGCAGAAGCACAGCAGCCGCGCAUAUCUCGACCUACUUCUAAGUUGCAUCAACCGUCUGAGUCUGCGCAGGCGUCCGCUCCAACGGAGCCGAACUUGCCGCACACACCGUCGCAACAAGACAUGCCUUAUGAGCGUGAAUCGAAUGAACAAGCGUCGCCGUCGAUCAAGCGACCUGAGCCGGCUCACACAUUGCCAUGGGAAAUGUGGCAUACCGGAGAGCAAAUCAAUGCCUUUCUUGCCAACCUCCCACGCCUCCCUGAGCUAGCUAUGGAGCAUACCUUGCGGCCGCGCCGCGAUAGUGGUGCGUCUGCGUCCACAUCAUUGUAUGAACACGACCCAGAAACGUUCAUGGCUCCUAUUGAAGAUCUCGAAGAUGUGACACCUACUUUCGAUGAAAACGGCAAGGGGCAGCCAGCAGCUGACCAACCAAGCCAGCCUCGCUCAAAGCAGUGGCGCUGGGAGCACACACGACGCCUGCGACUGAUGGACAGUGGUCUCUCGAACAACCUACCGAAUCAUGUCCUGGCACGUGACGAGAGGCAAGCAGAUGUCAUUAUUUCGUUCGAUGCAUCGUCAGAUGUCAAGACCGGUGCCGCGGUGGCACGGAUCCACGAAUUUGGCAAGGAGUGCGGCAUAGAAAUCAAAAAACGCGAGCUGAAUUACGAGAGGCCACGGACUGACGGAAACGAGACAACGUCUGGCGAGAACAGGCCUGGUCGUGUAGCGAACGGAUCCGUAUCCCCGUCAGAGCUCGAACGCCAUUACAAGGAUGAGGCAGACAAGAUCCGAGAAGAAUAUGAACCGUUAUCUGCUCAGCGCUUCGAUGGAUGGCGCAUGAAAAAGAACAGGUCAACAGAUCGCGCGCCUGACGUGCAUUUUGUAUACUGUCCACUCUUACCGAAUGCUGUCCAGCCGGGCUUUGAUCCCACGACGGCUCAUUACAGCACGUCAUACAACCUGAUCUGGACAGCCGACCAAGUGCGUGCGCUACUUCGCACAGCCAUGGCCAACGUCGAAGAAAACAGUUAUGCAGUGGGCGUGAUUCGCGACGCCGUGCGUGAGGCAUACGAGAAUAAGAAAAAAGCUCGUCUGACGCGCGAAGCACAAUUGCGCUCCAUGUAUAGGCCUCAGUAUUCUCAUGAAAUGCGUGCGUCACCGGAGCCCAUGGACCAAGCGCAGGACCGAUGCGAGGGGCUGCCACUCCGCCAUGAGAGCAGUCUGAAUACACCCGCUCCCACGACGCCUGAUGCGAAUGCAACAACUAAAGUGGCUCCGCCGAUCAUUCCCACUGCGACCACGCGUCCUUUGAACUCGACUCCAUCGCUGGGAUCUCCGGCACAAGGGCACGCGGCGGCGCCUUCGCCACCCGCCUCUGACCCUUUGUCAAUGCUUGCGCCACCCAUAUCUCUCACAACUACCUAG